GGUCGGCUCGGCUCGGCUCGGCUCGCAGCGGGUUGACCAGCGGGCGCUGCCGAGGCUCGGCCGGCUCCCUUCGGCUCUUACCGCCUUCCGCCUUGCAGCACCGGGAUCUCUGCGGCUUCCUCGGCCUCUCCGAUCGAGCGCAGCAUGGCGGCGGGCGGGCUGGAGGACGCGGAGCUGCGUGAGGCGCAGCGCGACUACCUUGAUUUCCUGGACGAUGAGGAGGAUCAGGGGGUUUACCAGAGCAAGGUGCGGGACAUGAUCAGUGACAAUCGGUAUCGCCUCCUUGUCAGCAUCAACGACCUGCGCAGGAAGAACGAGAAGAGGGCCAACAGGCUCUUGACUAAUGCCUUUGAGGAGCUGAUUGCCUUCCAACGUGCCCUGAAGGAUUUUGUUGCCUCUGUUGAUGCUACCUAUGCCAAGCAGUACGAGGACUUCUACAUUGGGCUGGAGGGCAGCUUUGGCUCCAAGCAUGUAACACCACGGACCCUGACAGCUUGUUUCCUCAGCUGCAUUGUCUGCGUGGAGGGCAUCGUGACAAAGUGCUCUCUGGUCCGUCCCAAGGUGGUCCGGAGUGUCCAUUAUUGCCCAGCUACCAAGAAGACCAUCGAGCGCCGCUACACAGACAUGACUUCCCUGGAUGCUUUCCCUUCCAGCUCUGUCUACCCUACGAAGGAUGAAGAGAAUAACCCCUUGGAGACAGAGUUUGGCCUCUCUGUCUACAAGGACCAUCAGACCAUCACCAUCCAGGAGAUGCCUGAGAAGGCACCCGCAGGGCAGCUGCCGCGCUCGGUGGAUGUCAUUCUGGACGAUGACCUGGUGGACAAGGUGAAGCCUGGGGACCGCAUCCAGGUGGUGGGCACUUACCGCUGCCUGCCAGGAAAGAAAGGAGGUUACACUUCAGGGACUUUCAGGACAAUCCUCAUUGCCUGCCACGUGAAGCAGAUGAGCAAAGACGUCCGACCCCUCUACUCUGCUGCUGACGUGGCCAAGAUCAAGAGGUUCAGCAAGAAUCACUCCAAGGAUAUCUUUGACCAGCUGGCAAAAUCCCUGGCUCCCAGCAUCCAUGGGCACAGGUACAUCAAGAAAGCCAUCCUCUGCAUGCUGCUUGGAGGGGUGGAGAAGAACCUGGAGAACGGGAGCCGCAUCCGAGGAGACAUCAACAUCUUGCUGAUAGGAGACCCUUCUGUGGCCAAGUCUCAGCUGCUGCGGUACGUGCUGCACACCGCACCCCGUGCCAUCCCCACCACGGGCAGAGGCUCCUCUGGUGUUGGUUUGACUGCUGCUGUCACCACAGACCAAGAAACUGGGGAGCGCCGCCUGGAGGCAGGGGCCAUGGUGCUGGCUGACCGGGGGGUGGUGUGCAUCGACGAGUUCGACAAGAUGUCCGACAUCGACCGCACGGCCAUCCACGAGGUGAUGGAGCAGGGCCGCGUCACCAUCGCCAAGGCCGGCAUCCACGCGCGCCUCAACUCCCGCUGCAGCGUGCUGGCCGCCGCCAACCCCGUCUAUGGCCGGUACGACCAGUACAAGUCGCCCAUGGAGAACAUAGGCCUGCAGGACUCCCUGCUGUCCCGCUUUGACCUGCUCUUCAUUGUGCUGGACCAGAUGGACCCUGAGCAGGACAGGGAGAUCUCGGACCACGUGCUGCGGAUGCACCGCUACCGCAGCCCCAACGAGCAGGACGGGGACGCCAUGCCUCUGGGCAGUGCCGUGGAGAUCCUGGCUACAGAUGACCCUGACUUUGCUCAGGAGGAGGAACAGGAGCUCCAAGUGUAUGAGAAACAUGAUGACCUCCUGCAUGGGCCCAACCGCCGCAAGGAGAAGGUGGUCAGCAUGGAGUUCAUGAGGAAGUACAUCCACGUGGCAAAGAUGAUUAAGCCUGUCCUGACCCAGGAGUCAGCGAGCUACAUAGCAGAGGAGUACUCCCGCCUGCGCAGCCAGAGUGAGAUGAACUCGGAUGUUGCCAGGACAUCCCCCAUCACAGCCCGUACCCUGGAGACCCUGAUCCGCCUCUCCACGGCCCACGCCAAGGCCAGGAUGAACAAGACAGUUGAUUUGCAGGAUGCAGAGGCAGCUGUGGAGCUGGUGCAGUUUGCCUACUUCAAAAAGGUGCUGGAGAAGGAGAAGAAGCGCAGAAAGCGAGCAGAGGAUGACUCUGACACUGAGAAGGAGGAGGAUGAGCAGUCGCAGCCCAAGGAGGAGCGCAGGAUGAGGAGGAGAAAGAAGGCACGCACGGAGGGUGAGGGGGACUCCUAUGACCCAUAUGACUUCAGUGACGCUGAGGAGGAGAUGCCAGAGGUCCAGGCACACACUCCCAAGACUCCAGAAGCCUCAGCUGCUGGCGAAGCGAAGGAGACGGAGCUGGCUGAGCCAAGGUUGAAGGCUUUCAAGGCUGCCCUCCUGGAGGUCUUCAAAACUUCCCAUGCCCAGUCUGUGGGUCUGAAGAACAUGAUGGAGUCCAUCAACCGUGACAACCCUGAGCCCUUCUCGCUGGCCGAAGUGAAGAUGGCACUGGCACACAUGCAAGAUGACAACCAGAUCAUGGUGUCUGAUGACAUUGUCUUCUUAAUCUGAGCAUCUGGGUGGAAAAGCCUAAGUUCUCAUGGACUCUCAAUCUGGAGCCUUUCAUUUUCUCCUGAAUGCUUCCUCUGGCUGAGCUGAACUCUGAGGAGCUCAAGUCUGAGCACUUUACAGCCCUUCCUUGCUGUGCAUUGCUGGCAACAAAAAAGCCAGGAGCUCUGGAAGCUCUCAUUCUUCUGCUGUCUUCAAGCUGGAGUAUUCAGGAAGAGGUUUGUUCAGGAUGAGGUUUGUUCCUACAAGGAGCCAAAAGUCGAAGCUUCCAUGCAAAUGAUCAGUUCUUAGUGUGUUGGUUUUAGCUUUGGUGGUAUCAGUUGCAGCCUUUGAAUGCAAAGCUCUUUAUGUAGGGAGCCAACAUUCAGUAGCAGUGGUGGUAAGAAGCAAUGGGACCUCCACUACUGGCAGUGAAGCUUCUAUUUGUCCCCUUUCUUUUUCCUUUCCCCCCACUUACACAGCCUAGAGCUGCUUGUCUCACAAGUAAAGCUGCAUACUGCCUGACCUGUUUGUGACCAGCCUCUUCCCCCACUCCUCCUACCCAUCUUAGGGAGGAGGAUUUCUGGUGAUGGAGGGGCAAGUGUAGCCUGACCUUGCUCCAUCACCUGUUGUGCAACUUGACUUCUAGAUUUCACAGCUCUGCUGGGAGUUCUGGCCCCAAGUGGCUGGGAAGCACCUGGGAAGCUCAGAGCUGCCCAAAGGACAUGCCUCUGGCACAGAUGGGUUUGGUCUCCAUCUGCUCCUGGCUUCAGUGCCUGUAUGAAUAGAAUGACACCACCACAAAUGGGAGGAAACCUGAAAAGAAAGGUCAAAGCUACAGGGACCAGAGACCCUGCAUCCCCUGUGUGUCACCCUAGCUGAGCUGCUGCAAAGCUUCCUUCAUCCAGUGGAAGGUAGCCACAAGCUACUGGGAUGCUAAAAGGCUUCCCUUGCUUUUUGUGGGGGGGAUGUUGAACUGUCUUGCUUUCUAGCAACCCAUGGGCACCUUAGAGGGAAGGACUGUUCCCAGAAAGCAGCCAGCAGCCAUGGUUUUUGGAUGGCUUUGAAGAGAAGCCACACAUGCAGUCAGACCAGUUUCAGCUGCUCAGGGGGGCAAUGCUGCUGAAGGUUUCUGAUUCUAUUUUAUGUUUCUAACUGAAGUUUGAGCUUUAGAGGAGAGCCCUGAUCAGCAUAGGCUGUUUGCUUUUAUCUCUGCUCAGCUCUGGGCACCUGCAGUUCCUGUGUCCUUGUUUCUGAGUGCCAUAAAUGAUGGUUUCAAUAAUAAAAGUACCUAAACACUG